AUGCCGGCUAUGUUUGGAGUGGGAGAAGAUUGGUGGCAAGGAAGUCCAGGGAAGAGUUAUGUGAAUGGACCACUCAGAAUAUCCACAGACUGUGAAGAUUGUGUCCCUUGUGACUGCCCACCAAAAGGCAUCGACUGCAAAGGAGACUUACUAAUGAGGUGGAUAAAACGAUGUGCUCUACUGGCUGCUUUGAAAAACCAUCUUUUCAUUGUCGCUUGGAUUGGCUUCCCAUUCACUGUAGCCACCUAUUCGGGGUGCCUCCUCUACAGACGUGGACUCAGGCAACUUUAUUGCCAGAGUCCCCCCAAACUCUGGCUUUCUUUUUAUUCUGCUGCAUUGGACACCAGCUCCGAGAUCACCACCAAGGACUUAAAGGAGAAGAAGGAAGUUGUGGAGGAGGCAGAAAGUGGAAGAGAUGCACCUGCUAAUGGGAACGCUAAUGAGGAAAAUGGGGAGCAGGAGGCUGCCAAUGAGGUAGACUAAGAAGAGGAAGAAGAUGGGGAGGAAGUGGAGGAGGAGAAAGAAGAUGGGGAGGAAGAGGAUGGAGAUGAAGAUGAGCAGACUGAGGCAGCUAUGGGUAAAUGGGCAGCUAAAGAUGAUGAGGAUGACGAUGUUGACACCAAGAAGCAGAAGACCGAUGAGGAUGACUAGAAAGCAAAAAAGGAAAAGUUGAAAGGAAAACAAGGCUGCCGUGAUCCAUUCACCACCGGCACUUCCCAUCUCAGAAUCUAAACAUGGUUGCCUUCGAGUAGAGAGGCCCACCCAGCUGACCGCUGUGGGCAGUGCCAUCUGCAUAUGAUAAGCUCUCCGCCACCCGACCAAAACCACAAUGUGAAUGUGCAACAGGAGAGGGAAAAGGAAACAAAACUUCCAAGGCCCUGCUUUUGUUCUUAAAAGUACAUUAAAAGGAAAAUUUGUUUGUAUUUUAAAUUUACAUUUUGCAUUUUUAUACAUGUUAAUGAUCUUGGAUGACCAAACCAGCUUUUGGAGUCCUCUCUGUCCUACUUCUGACUUGACUUGUGAUGUGACCGUGUUCAUUAUAAUCUCAAAGGAGAAAAAAACCUUGUAAAAACAAAGACAACAAAACAUCUGAUUCUCAACAUGUCAGUAACUUUUUUAUUUGUACCAUAAGUUGUUGGUUAUAUGAGAUGGUUAAAAAGGCCAAAGAUAAAAGGUUUCUUUUUUUUUUCCCCAUGAAGUUGCUGUAUAUUUUUGGCCUGUUUGAUGUAUGGAUGAAACAAUGUUGUCCAACAGUAAACUGAAAUUUUAUUUUUCUGAGUUCUUUUUAAAAAAGGAGAGAAUUAUAUAUAUUUAACAACUCUACUUUUUGGUGUGUAGUAAAUUCUCAAUAAUGACCUUUUUUCCCUUAUCAAAAUAUAGUUUCAAAUAUAGGUAUCCUAUUUAUGCAGUUUCAAUUAUCUUUAAGUAUAGAUUAUUCAUGACUGUUAAAACAAAAAAAACUUCUUGCUUUCCUUUGGUUCACUGAUAGCUUUCUAAGUUGCCUUAUGGCAACCAUAGGGAUGGCAGGAGACUAUUGCAAUGGCGUAAGUGAGAUGUGGUGACUUAUACAAGGGUUGUGGCGAUGGAGACAAAUAGCAGAUGUAUUCAUAUUAUUUUGGAGGUGAAGUCUCCUCCUUUGGGAGUUGUUGGAUUUGCUGCAGGAGAUGGUGAGGUGAAAGAAAUGAUUAAAGAUGACUCCCAGGUUUCUGGUUUCAGCUUUUGGGUAAAUGUACCAUUUAUGGAGAUGGGGAAGAGAGGAAGAGGUGGGAUUUAGUCGUUUGCCUGUUGGCUAUCAGAUUUCAUUCCCUGACUUUCUCUGUCCUCUGUAUCAUGGAACUUCAUUUGACAGUCUUCUUUACCUUUUGGCUUUUUUGGGUGGAUUUGGCCAAUAGGAGGCACUGAUGGAAGACUGGAGGAUAGGAGUAGGGAGAAGGUAGGGUACUUUCCUCCCUCUCUUUUUGCUCUGUGUCAUGUCUCAGGAAGUGGCAGUUUCAUCCCUGUGGCUUCAUUUCCUAUCAAACAGCUCCAUCCUUUGUAGUCCCAGCUCCUGAUGAGCAGCUCCUGCUGCCACUCUAGCCCCUGCCAAAUUAUCGCAGCUUCUGGGCUCUCAUAAUUCCACCUCUUCGAGUGGGUCUCUCCAGCCCUUAGGCUGUAGUGGUUUCCUGCUGUUGCUUAUCUCAGGGUUGCGUCACCAUUCCCCAUUUGGUGUCUUGGCUUUUCCAUCGCCCGUGUAACCACAUUUCUGUAUUAAUUUUUCUUUAUUUUAAUGCCUAGAGUGGCUUCUGUUUUCCUAACUAGAACCUGAUGAAUGCAGGGUGAACAUUUGAGAGUUCAAUUUUGGAAAUGAUUUGUGUCAAGUUUUAAUAUUUCUUUGCUAUAUUCUGGCAGAGAUGUUGUUAGGUGAGUUGGUUGGUGGAUCUUAUGUAAAUAACUCUAUUGCCAUGAAAAUAAGAUAGUGAGUUCACUCGCUAUGAGUUCAACUGGAAGUAUAAAUUUGGAUAUCAUGUCUCAGGAUAAUGGUAGUAGUUAAAACCAUGAGAAGAAUGGUCUCAUCUAGGGAAUAGAUGAGAAGGGGACCAAAAUCUUGCUUCUAAGGAACUCUAAUUCGUGGAGGGCAGAGAGGGAUGGGUAAAGUAGAGAGCCCAAAGAAGUAAGAGGAAAACAGGAGAGUGAUGCUAUUGACCAUGAAGAAAGCAGUGUUUAACUGCAUCAUGCUACUGUCUAUGGCAUUUCAUGUCAGUUCCCUUGAUGAAAGCGAAUUCAGGGAAAUGGGGAGUAGUUGAAGGUCUUCACCAAAAUGAAGUGGUGGAAGAGUGAAUGGGAGGUGACAGUGUAUAGCAGGUGCAGAGACAGUUCUUUCAAGAUGUUUGACUAUGAAAGGGAGUAAAGAAAUGGGGAGAUAGCAGGAAGAUUAAGACAAGCUACAGUUUUUAUAAUUGCUUUUUUUUACUUUGAAAAUACUUAAUUUUUGAAUAGAUUCAAAAAUAGAAAAUAAAUUAUACAAGAAACAGUUUUCCUCUUACCCUGUCUCCCAUCAGUCCUGUUCCCACUCCCUCCUUCUGGUCCUGGCCUUUGCUGUUUGUUUCUGGUGUACAUCCCCCAAUUUUUUUAUGCAAAUACAAACAAAUAUGAAUAUGUAUUCUAGAUUUCCAGUGGUAGCAUAGUGUAUAUAUUUUUGGUGUCUUAUUCUUUUCUCUGAACAAUAUGUCUGAGAGAUCUUUCUAUAUUAGGACUUAGAGGUUAUUCAUUUUUCUUUUUUUUUUGUGAGGAGCUUGAUAGGAGUCUUAAUUUUGAAUGUACUAAAAUGCCUUUAACCAGUCACCUCUUACUGUUAUAAAUAAUGCUGCAAUGAAUGACCUUAAUUGUGUAAUAGGUUUGCAGUAGGCUAAAUUCUUAGAACUUCUUGUUCAGAGGAUAUGCAUUUGCCAUUUCGGUAGAUAUUGUCAAAUUGCCGCCAUAGGUGGUGUUCUAGUUUACAUUCCCACCGGCAGCACGUGCGAGUGCCUGUUUCCUCAUAGUUAUGUCAGUACAGUAUGUUAUCAAGCUUUUGGGUUUUUGACAAUAUAGAAAGUGAAAAUGGUACAGUUUUUUUUCCCUUAGUGCAGUUUUAAUUUUCAUUUAUUAAGAAUGAAGUUGAGCAUCUUUUUGUAUGUUCAAGAGUCAUAUGUGUUUUUUUGUGAAUGCUGAGUUCAUAUUCAUUGCCCCUUUUUUUUCUAUUAGAUUUUUUUUGGUCUUCUCAAUUUUCGAGUUUUACUUAUUAGGCCUGAGGGCCUAAAAGCUCAGAAAUAUUAGCAUACAAGAUGGGCACGCUGAGCAGUGGCUUUGGGUGGAGGGGUGGUGACCUCAUCCUGAAGUGCCCUGUGAAGUCUGUUUGGUGUGUAUAUCACCUCUUCGUUUAUUAACCUAUUUAACAUGUAGAACUAGAUAUCCUAUUAGGGAUUCUUUAGAUGUAGUAACUUCUGAAGUAAUUAUGUGCCAGGUCAACAUAGCAGUUUAAUUUGGAAAGAGGACAGGGGAAUAUUAGCAAUGUUCUGUUACACAUCGUAAGUAAAAGGUUUGUCUAACACUCUGAUUUUGAUUAUGACCAGGCCUACAUAGCUAUGUAAUUAAUUUUCAAUAGUUAUUGGCAGAGUUUUGCCAGAUAUUAGUUCUCUUUUAAAAGAAAAAAAUGUCCUUUUCCCUUCAUACAGUAAACGGAGUUCAAGCUGACCAGUGGUUUCCUCAUCUUAUUUCUGCAGAGCACUCAGCAGGACUAUUAUAAGAACAAACUCAUUGUGCGAGUAAUCUCCAAGAAUAAGUGCAUUCCCCUAGGAGCUCCUGUGUUCUGCUUCACUCAGAAACACACCAAUCACCAAUAGUAGACAGUGGAGGGGCUAGUUCUUGCACUGGGUAUUUCAGACUGGGAGCUGUAGAUACUCUUUGUCAGUCUCUGUCUCUUUCUUUCAUUUCUCCUCCUCUCCCCUGCUUGUUCCUCCUUUUCCUCCAUCUUCAUCUUCCCAUCCUCCAACUCCUUCAACCCUAGCUGACUAAAAGAAUAUUUUUCUUGUGGAUCACUUUAAUUGCUUUUAUAAAACAGAUUUUGAAAACAUGGUUUCCCCAUGCUGUGCAUUACACAGUCCAUAUAAAGAACAAUUAAUGAGAUGUAGAAGAAAAAAAUUAAUCCUUUGACUAGAAUUUUUAUUUUGUCUCUUAUUGAUUUUAAGAAAUUAUUUUUCAAGAUGUACCUUAGAGGUGCUUUUAAAUUCUCUUAUUAAAGCAUACUCUAUUCUCUGAGUUUUUAAAGAUUUUAUUUAUUUAUUUUUUCCUUUUUCUCCUCAAAGCCCCC